UCUUAUAAGAAAUGGUCAAUUUAGUUUCACAUUUCAAUAUAAUUUUAACUUAAUCAACAUUUCAUUGUUUUUAGUAUAUUUUCUGAAAAUGUACCACUAUAAUAAAAAAAAGGGAGAGAAUCUGGAAAAGAACCUGCACAAAUUUAUUUCAAUCUCACUUUCAAGCAGACGAAUUGUAUGUUGCAUUUGGAAUGAAAAGAGAAUUGAUAUCUCGGAAACAGCUGAAGGUAAUAAAAUCGUUUGGCUUUCAAACAGAGUAAUAAAGAGAUCUGAUAAGAGAAGAAAUAAUUGAAAAGCACAGGUAUGGGGCGAAUUGCACCAUAGCACUGGAGAAUGAAUCGUAUCACACGUAUUGUGUGUGCUUCAGUCUGAUGUGUAGUGAUGUCUCUUGUUUGUGAAAUCAUGAAGGGAUACAAUUAGUGAGAAAAAAAAAUCAAGGAUGUCAGGAGGAGGAGUGGAUCCUGUUUUGUACAGCAAGUACCACCACUUGCAAGAACGUGAUGUCAACGACUUUCUGCUCGCCAGUGCUUCUAUACUCAAUUGGGGCAAUCUGACCAACAAAGUGGUCAUGGAUGUCGGUUGUGGCCCUGGGAACACCUCCUGCUCCUGGUUUCUUAUGCUGUUUCCGGCGGUGAAAGGACUGAUUGGCAUUGAUGUCCAGGAAGAGAUGAUUGGUCUAGCAAAGAUUUUGAAUCCGCAUCCGAAAAUCGAAUUCAUGGUGGCUGAUAUCACAGAUGAGACUUCUGUGGAAUGCUGGGAAGGAACUUUAAAUAAAGUUAUUUCCACGUGGUGUUUUCAGUUCAUAAAAGAUCAACAGAUAGCUUUUCGAAAUAUCUACAAUUUACUGAGACCUGGUGGGGAAGCUGCCAUUCUUUUUGAAAUAAACUCAUCCUAUCAUGUUUGUUAUGAAGAAAUAAUGAAAAGCCCAAAGUGGAAUACGAUAUUCGAGAGUGUGGCAGCCGAAUACCCAGAAAUAUGCACACAAAAUGUAAAUGCUGCGCAUUAUAAACAACUUCUUACGGAGAUGGGCUUCAAAGUAGUUAUGUGUACCAAGAAACAGAAGAGUUUCACAUUUUCUUCAGAUGAUGAUUGCAUAGGAUAUGCUCUGUCAAUGUUUGCAUGGCACAAGAAGGUCCCCGAUGAAAGGAUGGAAGAGUUCAGAAGUGAUUUACUGCAAGAAUUUUCAAAGUAUGGCGGAAGGGAAUCGAAUGGACGCAUAACUAUUCAUUACAGUUUAAUGAAUAUCCUUGUUAAAAAACCUAGCUGAACUACUUAAAACUUAAAAAAACUAUUGAAUGAAUAUUUCUCUUUAGAAUAAAUUUUGGACGACAGAAAAAUGUUCUUUACGUCUUUGUUUUUAUUAAUAAAAAUAAUUUGUGUAUACUGGUAA